CCUCGUAGAAACUCAGCAACUGACAGCAAUGGCCCAAGAGUCCUGCAGAUCUGAAGUCAGCAUCCAGAAAUGGUGACCCUUCUAACACCACUCUCAUUCGAAGGCUCAAUGAUCUCAUCUUUGAAGAUAAGAAGAGGUGGGAUCUCUGGUGACUCGAUUGAAGUCCUCCCUGCCCCCCGAAACCUGCAGAGUACAGAGCUUUUGGAAUAUACACCACCCUGAUAUCAAAGGAAGGAGCCCUGUUGGAGGAAUUGACAUUUCCCCUCUCAUCUCUGGGUUAAUGGAAAGACCUGUAUUCAAAGUCCAGGCACAAAAUAAUACAGGCAUUUACUGGCCAGGUGGGAAUUCGCCAAAACAGAAGCCUGGAUUGGACUGUCAAAGUGACAUCAUGGGAUAAAAGAGAUGGAGCCGUGAAAACAAGAUGAGCCAGAGAUCUGCAAAUGUGAAACACCUGCCCAAAUCAAGAGGUGGACAAUUGUGGCGGAAAUGGCCCAGAAAAUUACAACCUUCUCUUCUACUUGUGUUUUAGGAGAGUAUCUAAAUUUGACCAGAGAAUGGCAAUGGUCUCUGCGAUGCCCUGGGUCCUGUAUUUGUGGAUAAGUGCUUGUGCGAUGCUGCUCUGCCAUGGAUCCCUUCAGCACACUUUCCAGCACCAUCACCUGCGCAGACCAGAAGGAGGGACAUGUGAAGUGAUCGCUGCACACAGAUGUUGUAAUAAGAACCGCAUUGAGGAGCGAUCGCAAACAGUCAAGUGUUCCUGUCUACCUGGGAAAGUGGCUGGAACGACAAGAAACCGACCUUCCUGUGUCGAUGCCUCCAUAGUGAUUGGGAAAUGGUGGUGUGAGAUGGAACCUUGUCUAGAAGGAGAAGAGUGUAAGACACUCCCUGAUAAUUCCGGAUGGAUGUGUGCUACAGGCAAUAAAAUCAAGACCACAAGAAUUCACCCAAGAACCUAACGGAAGCAUUUGUUAUAGUAAUAGAGGAAAACCUACUCUGUGGAAAAUACAUUUUAAGAAUUUAAAACAUCUUAUACAUUAGAAGCCAAAUGGAUUUCUUAUUUGCACUUUGACUGAUUACCAGAUAAUCACAGUGCUUUUACUGUGUGUCACGAAGUCUCCUAGAGUGAGAAGACCCGGAGUUUUGGGCAACACCAUGGAAAGUGGGUUAAGGAAAAAAAGGGUUUUCUCAAUGCAAAUUUUUGGGAUCACAAAGAAAGAUCAACUGUCUUCUAAUUUGGAUCUAUAGUUCCUUUGUACCAUUUGAAAUAUAUGUAUAUAUAUAAUAUUUUGAAAUAUUAUAUAUUCUCUUCAAAAAAUGAACUGUACCACAGUUUGAGGCGGCUGGUGUACCUCUUUGAGUUUUGGAUGUUUUGUUUUGUUUUGUUGUCAUUUCUUUUUCUAUCGGCAAGGAAAUCACGUGCCCUUUUGAGAGGUCGGCAUGGCACUCACACUGGAAGGCCAGCUACAGGUGGACUCCUGGAAUCUGAGAGAUCAGAACGAUACUGAGUCAAAAGCUUCCUUCUCUUUCUACUAGAUGGCCCAAGGAAGCACAUCGUCCUGUUUUAUUGUUUUCUACCCUGUGCAAUGUUAGCAUGCAAGCUUGGCUUACAUAACCAUACUUUAUAUUCAACUGGUAUAUAAUAACCGUUCUAACCUCUUCCAGGAAAAUAUUUUUAGAACUACUAGCUUUUCCACAGAUAAGAAAAAUGAGGAUUCUUGAGGGAGCCGCUCCACCAUGCUAUUAAGACUCUGGCAGAGUGAUGGUCAUAUGUGGAUCCCUGUAUUAAGUUCUGUAAAUACAAUGUCUUAAGGCUUUGUAUAGCUGUCCUAGACUGAAGGAAUGUCCUCUGAUUAAAUCCAAAGUCUGACAUCAUUAAUCACAUAGUGCUGUAGCAACAGGUCUUAUCACAGCCCAUCUUUCUAUAUUUGAUUUGCUUUUUCCAAGAGUAUUCAGAUCUCUUCUGGUGAGAUGGGAAGACCAUUAAAGAAAUUAGGUUUCAGAAUGACCCUUGUGACCAAAUGUUGGACAGCCCUAUUAAAGUGGUAAAUAACUGCUUUCUCAAUCUACUUGUCCUCUUCAUUUGCCAUUUACUUUUCCUCAGUCUGCUUUAGCCAAAUCCAGAGAACGCCCGCUUAGCGACACAUAGUCCACCAGAAUUUUUUGCAUGACGUCAUUGCUGCCAUCAUAACCAAUAUUUCCAACUCUAAUAGUUUGAAAACUAGAAAUUCAUUAUUAUGAGUUCAAUGUUCUCAGCCAGCAAGAUGAACUGUCAAACCCUAUUAUUGGGCUUCUAUAGUGAUCACUUGGAUGAUACGUAUUGGGCUCACCCCCCAAAAGAUCAACUUGUGUCCAUCUUCUUUUUUUGAGAGUUACUCAGCUGAUACUUAUAAGAAGGAAAUAUCUACUUAAAUUCUAGUUUACCUGGUAGAGCAUAAUAGUACUAUAAAUUCCUGUUACUUACCCUAUCAUAUUGCAAGUGUAUUUUUUUUCUCCAAAGUCUUUUCUCCAGAAUACAUGUUAUUAGGGGCUGUUACUAGAUCAGCAGCACAGUGGGUCUCCUAGUGUGGAAUUUUUAAGUUAAAUUUUGGGUAAAAUCCAGAGGCUCCUUCAUCUCUACCAAUAUACCUUGAAGUCUGAUUGAAUAUAUAAACACUCUAACCAGGUGGAUUUGUUCUGCAUCUUGAAUGCCUAUAAAAGCAUCCAAAAAUGGAAAUGGAAUCCUCAUUGCAAAAUCUGAGCUUCCUAAAUACUUUCACAAAUAUUUUCCAGAAGGUAGCAUAAAGUUCAUACCAACAAAUCAGAAUUCCUUUAAUUUUAUGGUCCAUAACCAUGUACCAAGUGAUAUAUUAGAAAUUGAUUUUCAUCUGUAAGUUUUGGAGUGAAAACUGAAAUCAUAAACCCAAAGAAUUAUCUAGAACAGUACAUCCCAAGAUGUGGAGGAAGAAACAUCUAUAAUCCAAUAUAUUGGGGAAAGUUUUUUCAACAAAAUAAAUAGAAAUAUUUACUGAGGGAUUCUCAGAGCCUUUAAUACACCAAAAGACACUGUGUGUCUUCAAGAAAGACUGAAACAAGGGGAGCCAAGUAAAAGGCUUCCAGAAUCCAGGCAUGUUGGUUGGUCCUUGACUAAUGGAGAGCUCAUUCCCUGACUAAUGGGAAGCUGCAAGAAAUCAUGUCUGUGUGAGGAUAUGUUCACUGCGUUGUCAUGUCUUCAGUUUUUCUAGAGAACCAGAAGUCUGGAAUUUACAUAAAAUCUUCUAACAUUCUUAAAUAAGAUGAACCAAAAUGAGAUUACUUCCAUUAAAAAAAUUCUGCAAGCGUUAUUAUUGCCCAAAAUGUCCUGACCAUGUGGCCUUUUCUAUGAGAUUAGUGUUUUCUGGAAUACUCUUUGAAAAGUGUUGGUCCUGAAUAAAAAUCCAAUGAGAAGCAAAAGGGAUAUUCUGUUUUCUGUGGCCUCACACAUACAGACCAUUCUCAUGAUUCACAAUACGUGGGGGUCACAGCUUUUUCUGUUCUGUAACCUGAGCCUGUAAGUCAAUGAAGGAGCUGGUCUAGAGGUUCAAGUCUGUUAGUUCAUCUCCUGCUGGUCGCUUAAUGCAGUAGCUUCCCUGGGAAAGACCUGGAAGAAGAGAGAAGGGGGAAAAAACCCACCACAUCAGAAUCAAGCAACCAUCCAAGAAAACAGUACAAAUAUUUGUAAAUGUCAUCAAAUUCAGUUUCAGUUUAUCCAAGUCCCUUACCCAAAUGUAUGAACCAUCAACUUGUGUUUAAAUUUAACUUGUGCCGGUUUGGGGAAUUUUCAGUAGCUACCAUCUGCCUAUUGAAUCUGAUUGUAUAUGGUUUAAAAACUUAU